UAUCUUAGCACAGGGCUGGUAUGAGAGGUAUAUAGAGUGAAGAACAAGGGACAUCUCUGAGGCUGAGGCACCAUGAAUUGGUGGAAAGUGGUGGGGAUCUCUUUCGGGGCUGCGGUCAUACUGGCCAUUGGACUCUUGAUCGGCCAUUUCGGUAUUUCAGGUAAUACAGACACAAAUCCAACGUGGGUGAAGGACCUUGCACAAGAUCUGGAUGAAAAUUUGAUACAACAAUUCAUGAAAGAGGUGGAUAGUGAGAAGAUCAAGGAGAAUCUGAGAAUCCUGUCCGAAAAGCCCCAUGUAGCCACCAGUGAGGCAGAUGAAAAACUGGUGCAGCUGAUGCUGGCUCGCUGGAAUCACUUAGAGACUGGUCUAGAUGAAGCCAAGGCAGAACGAUAUAACGUCUUCCUGUCAUUUCCCGAUGAGAAGAAUCCAAACAGUGUCAAAGUUUUGAGCCCAGACGGUAGCGCCAAGUUCACAUCUCAAGAAACAGAGUCCCAACUUACUAACGACCAGAAAGACCCAAACAUUUUACAGCCAUUUCUUGCUUUUGCACCCAAUGGUACUGUGAAGGGAAAACUUGUAUAUGCUAAUGAAGGCAAAAUAAGUGAUUUCCAGUACCUGGCUAAUACAAUAAGUCUGAAUGGGACCAUCGCAAUUGUACGCUAUGGAGGCACUGGAAGAGUAAAUAAGGCAAUAAAUGCUGCCAAAUUUGGAGUUAUUGGAGUAAUCAUAUACACUGAUCCAAAAGAUAUAAAUGAUGGAAAGUCCAAUCCUGCUGAAACCUACCCGCACUCCUGGCAUUUGCCCCCAUCUGGUGUAGAAAGGGGUUCAUUCAAGGAGAAUUUUGGAGACCAACUCACGCCCUAUUAUCCAGCUAAAGAGUAUACAUACAGAAUUCCAGAGUCGGAGAUUAAAGGCAUCUCCCAUAUUCCAGCACAGCCUAUUGGUUUUGAGGAUGCGCGGACUUUAAUAUGUGAACUGGAUGGACCAUCAGCACCAGAAAACUGGCAAGGAGCUCUGGGAUGUUCCUAUAACACAGGGCCUGGCUUCCGGUCAGGGAAUUUCGGUAACAGUGAAGUCCAAGUUAAUGUUUACAACACUCGAACAAUACGAUCUUCAGCGAAUGUAAUGGGACUGAUCAGAGGAGCCGUAGAGCCGGACAGGUACAUUAUAUAUGGCAACCACAGAGAUAGCUGGGUACAUGGAGCCAUCGACCCGAGCAGUGGGACGGCAGUGAUGCUGGAGAUAACCAGAAUUUUGGGCACCAAGCUUAAGAGCGGUAAAUGGCGUCCUCGUAGAACCAUCAUUUUUGGCAGCUGGGGAGCAGAAGAGUUUGGACUUAUAGGCUCGACCGAGUUUGCAGAGGAUUACUACAGCAAAUUAAGGGACAGAACUGUGGCCUAUAUCAAUGUGGACAUUUCUGUGUUUGCAAACGCAACUUUGAGGGUUCAGGGGACUCCUCCGGCACAAGGUGUUGUUUUCGCUGCAUCUAAACAGGUGAAAACCCCAAAGAAUGACCUCACGGUGUAUGAUAACUGGAAGCGUCACUCCAACCGCACCAGCCCGCUGUAUGGCGUCAUCCCCCAAAUUGGAACCCUGGGAAUCGGCAGUGACUACGCCCCAUUUUUACAUUACUUGGGGAUAACAUGCAUGGAUAUCGCAUACACCUAUGACAGGGCAGUGACGUCGGCUCGUAUAUAUCCCGCCUAUCACACAGCGUUUGAUACUUUCGAUUAUGCAUCUAAAUAUGUAGACCCAGGUUUUACCAGCCAUCAAACGGUGGCACGCACCGCCGGAAACGUCCUGCUGCGGCUAUCGGACAGUCUCAUCCUGCCCCUGGGGGCGAGAGACUAUGGAGAGACAUUGGACGGGUAUUACCAGCGGGCGGAAAGCUUCCGGACCAAUCUCAGCAAAUAUAACAUCUCUCUAGAGCCGUUAAAAUUGGCGAUCGAUCGUUUCAAGGCUGCCGCUGAGUCCUUGGAAGAGUCCAUUAAAAAUCUAGCGGACGCAGAUAAGACGCCAUUGAAGAUACGGAGGAUAAAUGACCAACUUAUGCUUUUGGAUAGAUCCUUCCUAAAUGACUUUGCUUUUCCAGGCAGACUAUACUUCAGCCAUGUUCUCUGGGCCACCCGCAGUUCCUCCGUGGCAACCUUCCCGGGUCUUGCGGAUGCCUAUCAGACGGCCGUCGAAAGCGACCUCAGACAGCACUGGGAUCUUGUCCACCGGCAGCUAACCGUCGCCAUCCAGGCCGUGGACAAUGCUGCGUCCACACUAGAGACAGUCACCAAAAUAUAAGCCGACAAAAGCCAAAAUACCACAGAAGACCACCCCCCCCCCCCCGACUGAUAAAGGGGCAGGAACCAAGGCACUCGUGCCUUUUCACUUUCUAACCAGGAAUAGCGCCACACAUUCGGUAGUGGCUGCACUUGGUACUGCACCUUGUCAAAUUUUGUUCUCCUGUAAAACUAUUAUCAUGAAUUUAUUAUACAAAUCUUUGGAAAACACCCACAUCAAUGAAUGCCUGGAUAAUAAAGGAAUGGAUCUGUGAU